AUGCCAUCCGUCGAAAAUCUGGAAGACUGGCCCAAGGAUCCUCCUGUACCGACCGACGCUGCCACUCAGAACACCGCUCGCGAACCCAACAAGUCUCUGAGGAUCAAGAUUCCCCUCAUGGCUCCUAGUACUCGCGCGUCGGCUCGCGUACGCUCGGAAUCCAAUGCGUCGGGAUCGGAGUAUCACGAGAGCAACGCAUCCAUGGACGUAGAUGAAGAACAAGUACCAGCCGAGGAUGAUGAGCCUGAACAACCGCCAGUCGAGUACAAGACGACCGCUAGAGGCAGAAAGGUCCUGUCAAUGUCGUACAAAGAGUCGGGAAGCGAGGACGACCCUCUGCUGUUGGGCCACGAUCGCGCUCCUUCACCAAGCAAGCAGGAGGUCGCCGCAAAGGACGAGACGGACGAAGACGGGCCGACGCCCUAUGCCUUUCGGAAACCGCGCAGAAAACCCGGCAACCUGAAGGGUUUUGUGGAGAGUGACGAGGAGGAGGACGGGACCUCGGGCUAUGGGCUACGAAGCAAGACUCGGAACGGCGCGUCGGGUCAGGACGCGCGCGGUGCACGCAUCACGCGUCGAUCAGGGUCUCGCACUCAGGCAUCGACGUCGCGACAGACUCGCAAACGCACCGGCAAGCGUGCGACGCGACAAAGUGCGCGGGGUCAACGCGACGAUGAGGGCUACGAGGAUGUAGCGUCAUCUGGGUCCGCUGACGCUGAUGGCUCGUUCGACGACGCCCCGCACACUUCCCCUGAUCCCGAACUGGAUGGUGACGCGGAUGCCGAAGGAGAAGUGGAUGUAGAUGGUGAGGCGGGACAAGAGCCAGAGCAGGGUGACCGUCCGUACUUGCUGCGGCAGCGCACAAAGAUCAACUACGCCAUCCCGCCAGCGCUGGAAGAAAUGCGACCGCCUCAACCCAAGCCACGCUCGAAUGGGAAUCAAGCGAAAGGCCGCCAUGGCAAGGCCAAGGUGCCCGGCUGGAGUGCGACAGGUGCUGAACUGAGCAGAUGGAUGGGUGGUCCGGCCGGGGAUGAUUCGGACUCCGACUUUCCUUCACGGACACCACGGAAACAGCCCUUCGGAACUGGGGCCAUGGGUAGUGGCGUAUUCGCCGGUGGCGCUGGGGGCCUCUUUGGCGACAUGGCAGCCGCCGGGACGCCAUCGAACCUGGGCAAGGUUGGGGAUGCAACUCUUGCUGAUGCUGAUCCUCUUGCGGUAAACCAGAAUGUGACCUUCGACGAAGUCGGUGGACUGGACGAUCAUAUCAACUCGUUGAAGGAGAUGACAUUGUUGCCCUUGCUAUACCCUGAGGUGUUCCAACGCUUCGGUCUCACUCCCCCGCGUGGUGUACUCUUCCAUGGUCCCCCGGGAACCGGUAAGACUCUCCUAGCUCGCGCACUCGCGGCGAGCUGCCGUUCCGAUGGCAAGAAGAUCUCCUUCUUCAUGCGGAAGGGCGCCGACUGUCUAUCGAAAUGGGUCGGCGAGGCUGAACGCCAGCUCCGCCUACUCUUUGAGGAAGCAAGAAACCAGCAGCCCAGUAUCAUCUUCUUCGACGAGAUUGACGGCCUCGCGCCUGUGCGAUCCUCGAAACAGGACCAGAUCCAUGCGUCGAUCGUAUCGACACUACUGGCGCUGAUGGAUGGUAUGGACGGCCGAGGCCAGGUCAUUGUAAUCGGCGCGACGAAUCGGCCCGAUGCUAUUGAUCCUGCGUUGCGGAGACCAGGCAGGUUCGAUCGAGAGUUCUACUUCGCGUUGCCUAGCUUGGAGGCACGAGAGCGUAUCCUUCAUAUCAUGACGAAGAAGUGGGCUGGUUGGGAAGGCGAGAUCGGCGAGACCAAUGUGAAGGGCCUGGCGAAGCUCACCAAGGGUUAUGGCGGUGCUGAUAUAAGGGCUCUCUGCACGGAAGCCGCUCUGAAUGCUGUUCAGAGACGUUACCCGCAGAUCUACAAGUCCAAUGAUCGGUUACUACUCAAGCCAGAAACGAUCGAGGUGGAGUUGCGCGACUUCAUGAUAGCAAUUAAGAAGCUGGUACCUUCAUCCGCUCGUUCAGUCUCAUCUGCGGCUUCGCCAUUGCCAUCACAGCUUGAGCCCCUGCUGCAGUAUUCGCUGGACAAGAUGAAGGAAGUCAUCGCCAAGGUCCUGCCGGUAAACAAGAAACGGACAGCGCUUGAGGAGGCCGAGUGGGAAGACGGAAGUAGCGAAGGCGCGCUUGACCGUGAACUGAUGCUACAGUCUAUGGAAACAUUACGCGUGUAUAGGCCGCGUGUCGUACUACAUGGUCCCUCGGGGAUGGGUCAGGCAUACGUCGCUGCAGCAGUGCUACACCACUUGGAAGGAUACCAUGUCCAGAGCCUGGAUCUCGGCAGCCUCAUGGGUGACUCUACGCGGACCCCAGAAGCAGCUAUUGUCCAGCUCUUUGUGGACGCGAAGAGACAUCAGCCUUCGGUCAUCUACAUCCCAUCAUUGGUAGGGUGGUGUGCUGCUGUGUCGGAGACGACCAGAACGACUGUCCGCGCCAUGCUCGACACUUUGGCACCCACGGACCCUGUGCUACUACUGGCCGUCGUUGAUGGCCCCUUCCUCUCUCUUCCGCGGGACGUCCGGUCGUGGUUCGGGCCAACGCGAGACAACCGCGUGGAGUUGACUCAUCCAGCGCCGUUACAGCGAGAACAGUUCUUCGAGGGUCUACUGAAGGAUGUUCGGCGGCCACCGAAUCAGUUUCCCGAUGGUGUUCAACGGAAGAAGCGGGUGUUGGAAGAGUUGCCCGUCGCUCCACCUUUAGAGCCACGACAACCUACGGCCGCGGAGCUUGCCGUCCAGGAGGAGAAUGAUCAGCGCGUCAUUACGUUGCUGAGGUAUCGCCUGGGCCCGAUAUUGCAGGAGCUGAAACGCAAGUUCAAGCGCUUUACCAAGAGAGCGAUGGAGGAGUACAACUACGACUUCAAUGUCGUCCAUCAAGAAGUAGAAGUGGUCACUACCAACGUCAAGAUCCGGACGAACGGUGAUGGGAUCGUCGAGAUGACUGGAGAGCAGCAUACGGAACAUGUUGACCAGCCACAGGUCAACGGUAUCAACGGUGUGCAUGAGGCGGCGGCGCCGAUACCUCCGAUACCGCCGCAACCCCCGUUGUUCGACAUGGAUCUCGAGCGGAUGCACCUCGAGCUCUAUCGCAAUCGGUAUCUCACUCCCGACGACUUCCUUGACGACAUCCGCAAGAUUGUCCACAACACUGAGGUUAGGAUACAUGAGGACCCUGACCGACUCUUCCGCGCCAAAGCGAUGUUGACUGCAGCUGAAGUCAGCAUCAACGACUUCGACCCUUCGUUCAGGCUAGAAUGUCAGCGCAUGGCAGCUCGGGAGAGACGGCGUCGAGAGGAGUACAGGAAGAACAAGGAGAAGGAGAAGGAAGCACAGGAGGCUGAGGCCGCGUUAAAUGCUGCUCCUGGUAUCCGACGGAGUGCGCGGCAAAAUGGCCAGCCCUUGGAGAUCUCCAUCACGGACCCCACGCAUAUUGAGCGGCGAGGCAAGAGACAUCGGUCCACAUCUGCGGUUGCCACAGGCUCGGAAGACGAGAACGGCGAUAGAGCCUCGAAGCGCUCACGUACAGAUGCCGAUGGGAUGAUGGAUAGCGCUGCAGCAACUCUAUCAUCUGAGAAACCAGCUGGCGUACGCUUCGCAGACGACGUGGAACAAGUUCAGACACUAUCCGUACCAGAGCCACAGUUGAACGGUUUCCAUGAGCAAGUGUCCGUACCCAACGAGCUGGUCCAGGUUCCCGAGGUCCUGCAACCCCAACCUCAAUCUCAAUUUCAGCUUGAGCCAGAGCCAGAGCUUCCGCGUCGCACCGGUGGUUUCGACCCUUCACUACUUAACCCCCUUCCGUCACCCACGGGCAUGCCGCAGGCCGGCCCCUCUUCUGUGACUCUCGAUGUCCAGAACAAUCCUUUCCUCUCGCACAAUACGCCGUCACUUGCGCCUUUUGCCCCGCCCGCGCCUGAGAUCGAAGUGUAUCCGCCGCAGCCAGAGCCAUCAAUGGAUGCAGAGCCUGCCGUCCCCGAACAGCCGGCUCCCAGUGAGGAGGCUGAGACGACCCGACCCGAUGUGCCCGAUGUGCCCAUGGAGAUCCAUCGCACACCCAGUCCGGUGCCUGACUUCAUCCUGGACGAGUACCUUAUAUGUGACCUGAAGCGGACAUUGCGGGACGACACGACGUCUCUCAGCGUGGAACAGCUCGAGCAGCUGCGCGCAAUAUGCCUUGGUUGUGUAUGGCGGCAUCGAUCCGACUGGGAUCGCACCGAGGUCGUCCGUGAGCUCAUGGACAACGCCAAGGUGUUCGUUGAGGAAGCCUCCACUGACGAUAUGGACGCUCCGUCACCAUGA